GGUCUUCUUGUGGGCACCCUGGACGUGGUCCUGGACUCAAGCGCCCGUGUGGCCCCGUACCGCAUCCUGCACCAGACCCAGGACUCGCAGGUCUACUGGACGGUGGCAUGUGGUUCUUCCCGCAAAGAGAUCACAAAACACUGGGAAUGGCUGGAAAACAACUUGCUCCAGACACUGUCCAUCUUCGACAGUGAGGAAGACAUCACCACCUUUGUCAAGGGCAAGAUCCAUGGCAUCAUUGCGGAGGAGAACAAGAACCUGCAGCCCCAGGGAGACGAGGACCCUGGGAAGUUGAAGGAGGCCGAGCUGAAGAUGCGGAAGCAGUUCGGGAUGCCCGAGGGUGAGAAGCUGGUCAACUACUACUCCUGCAGCUUCUGGAAGGGCCGCGUGCCGCGGCAGGGCUGGCUCUACCUGACGGUUAACCACCUGUGCUUCUACUCCUUCCUGCUGGGGAAGGAAGUGAGCCUGGUGGUACAGUGGGUGGACAUCACACGGCUGGAGAAGAGUGCCACGCUGCUGUUCCCCGAGAGCAUUCGUGUGGACACUCGUGACCAGGAACUCCAUUUCUCCAUGUUCCUCAACAUCGGCGAGACCUUCAAGCUCAUGGAGCAGCUGGCCAACCUGGCGCUGCGGCAGCUGCUGGACCGCGACGACUUCCUGGAGGAUGAGGCCCCGCCCAGGCCUGUCCGGCCCCACAGGAACACCUCGGCCCUGAAGCGAGACCUGGACGCCCGUGCCAAGAACGAGUGCUACCGGGCAACGUUCCGGCUGCCGCGGGACGAGCGGCUGGAUGGCCACACAGGCUGCACCCUGUGGACGCCAUUCAACAAGCUGCAUAUCUUCGGUCAGAUGUUCAUCUCCAACAACUACAUCUGCUUUGCCAGCAAGGAGGAGGACGCAUGCCACCUCAUCAUCCCUCUGCGGGAGGUGACCAUUGUCGAGAAAGCAGACAGCUCCAGCGUCCUGCCCAGCCCACUGUCCAUCAGCACCAAGAGUAAGAUGACCUUCCUCUUUGCCAACCUGCAAGACCGCGAUUUCCUGGUUCAGAGGAUCUCCGACUUCCUCCAGAAGACGCCGUCCAAGCAGAUGGGCUGCGUCAUCAAGGGCAGGAGAGCCAGCAUUGCCGAGCCUGGCGCAGAGUCCCCCCUAGCUCCUGAGAUGGUGACGGAGCUCCCUGCCAGCCCUGACUCUCCCCCGGGCGGCCACCCGGGCUUCGGUGCACAGGAGGCGCCCACCUCGUCCCAGGGCCUGCUCAAGCUCUUCCAGGGGAACUCACCCGUGGAGGACCUCGGUGCCAAGGGGGCCAGGGAGAGGAUGAAGGAAGAAUCGUGGAACAUCCACUUCCUCGAGUACGGCCGGGGCGUGUGCAUGUACCGCACGGCCCAGACGCGGGAGCUGGUCCUCAGGGGCAUCCCCGAGAGCCUGCGCGGCGAGCUGUGGCUCCUCCUCUCUGGGGCCUGGAACGAGAUGGUGACCCACCCCGGCUACUACGCCAGGCUGGUGGAGGAGUCCAAGGGGCGGUACAGCCUGGCCACAGAGGAGAUUGAGCGCGACCUGCACCGCUCCAUGCCCGAGCACCCCGCCUUCCAGAACGAGCUGGGGAUCGCCGCGCUGCGGCGGGUGCUGACCGCCUAUGCCUUCCGGAAUCCCACCAUUGGCUACUGUCAGGCGAUGAACAUUGUGACGUCGGUGCUGCUGCUCUACGGCAGUGAGGAAGAGGCCUUCUGGCUCCUGGUGGCCCUCUGUGAGCGCAUGCUGCCAGACUACUACAACACCAGGGUGGUGGGGGCCCUGGUGGACCAAGGCAUCUUUGAGGAGCUCACAAGGGACCUCCUGCCGCAGCUCUCGGAGAAGAUGCAAGACCUGGGUGUGAUCUCCAGCAUCUCGCUGUCCUGGUUCCUGACGCUCUUUCUCAGCGUCAUGCCCUUCGAGAGUGCCGUGGUCGUCGUCGACUGCUUCUUCUACGAGGGCAUCAAGGUGAUCCUGCAGGUGGCCCUGGCCGUCCUGGAUGCCAACACGGAGCAGCUGCUGGGCUGCAGCGACGAGGGCGAGGCCAUGACCGUGCUGGGCAGAUAUUUGGAUCAUGUGGUCAAUAAGCAGAGUGUUUCCCCUCCCAUCCCCCACCUCCAUGCCCUGCUGACCAGCGGAGAUGAGCCCCCCACGGAGGUGGACAUCUUUGACCUCCUGAAAGUCUCCUAUGAGAAAUUCAGCAGCCUGCGGGCUGAGGACAUCGAGCAGAUGCGGUUCAGGCAGAGACUGAAAGUGAUCCAGUCCCUGGAGGACACCGCCAAGAGGAGUGUGGUCCGUGCUAUACCCGUGGACAUUGGCUUCUCCGCCGAAGAACUGGAGGACCUUUACACGGUGUUUAAGGCCAAGCCCCUGGCCAGCCAGUAUUGGGGCGGCAGCAGCUCAGCCGCCAGCCGCCGGGAUCCCAGCCUGCCCUACCUGGAGCAGUACCGCAUUGGCGCCAGCCAGUUCCGCGAGCUCUUCGCCAGCCUGACGCCCUGGGCCUGUGGCUCCCACACACCGGUGCUGGCCGGGCGCGUGUUUCGGCUGCUGGACCAGAACAGGGACUCACUGAUCAAUUUCAAGGAAUUCGUGAUGGGCAUGAGCGGGAUGUACCACGGGGACCUGACGGAGAAGCUCAAGUUGCUCUACAAGCUGCACCUCCCGCCAGCCCUGAGCCCGGAGGAAGCAGAGUCAGCCCUGGAGGCGGCCCAUUACUUCACGGAGGGCAGCUCCUCAGAAGCAUCUCCUCUGGCCUCAGACCUGGAUCUUUCCCCGCCCUGGGAGGCUCAAGAAACUUCGCCACAGGAGAGGCGAGAAGGCAGCAGAAAUGAGGACGCCCGAGAGAAAGGAGGAGAGGAGAAGGGGACCAGCCCUCCGGACUACCGGCACUACCUCCGGAUGUGGGCCAAGGAGAAGGAGGCUCAGGGGGAGACGAUCAAGGACCUUCCCAGGAUGAACCAGGAGCAGUUCAUCGAGCUGUGCAAGACGCUGUACAACAUGUUCGGCGAGGACGCCCUGGAGCAGGAGCUGUACCACGCCAUCGCCACAGUGGCCAGCCUCCUGCUGCGCAUCGGCGAGGUGGGGAAGAAGUUCUCGGCCCGGGCGGGCCGCAAGCCCCAGGACGGCGUCCCCGAGCAGGACAGGCCCCCGACGCCCGAAGCCCAGCCUGCCGCGGCCCCGGAGCUGCUCCCUCCGGCCACAGGGGAUCUCCAGGCCCAGGGCGGCGGCGACACGCACCUGGGGAGGGCGCCACAGGAUAGCCAGGCGGUGGUGGACGGCGGCAGCGGCGAGGGCCAGGGCUCGCCCCCCCAGCUGCUGUCUGACGAUGACACCAAAGACGAUGUGUCCGUGUCCUCAUACUCGGUGGUCAGCGUGGGCUCCCUGCCGUGCGAGGACCUGCCGGACGACACGGUGCUAGUGGGUGGGGAGGCCCGCAGCCCCACACGCAGCGGGGGCUCGGUCGACGCCGACUGGUGCAUCUCCUUUGAGCAGGUCCUGGCCUCUGUCCUCACGGAGUCCGUGCUGGUGAACUUCUUCGAGAAGAGGGUGGACAUUGGCCUCAAGAUCAAGGACCACAAGAAAGUGGAGAGGCAGGUCAGCACCUCCAGUGACUACGAGCCUCCGGGAGCUUCGGGCUAACCUGUGGCCGCCGCUGAGACCGCGCCCCCUCGCUCGCCGCUGUCCCCAGGCUCCCCUUCCUGCUCUCCGGGGCAGCGUGUGGGGCCAGGAAAGAAGGCCGAGGUGGACACUGUCACCGGAGCCCAGGCAGCACCCGCCGGGGGCCCGGAAGAGGCCGACUGCUCCCACCUCCCCCGCCCAGCGGGCCCACCUUGUAGUGCUAGAGGCUCAGACCUGCCCUCUCGCCUCCGCCUCUGCACCCCGAGCCGCAGGCACAGGCCGCACUCUUGCAGCUGUGCAGGCCAGGCUUGUCCCCACCACUUGGCGCCAGGUGGGCGUCUCAGGCCGUGCGUUUGUGGGGACCAAAGGGGAGACCUUCAGGCUGCUCUCCAGGAGCCAGGGGCCCAGCCUCCUGAGGAGCGCAGGCGCCAAGCACCCACUGCACAGGCAGAUGCCGCCAGGCCUAGGCCCUCAGCUGCCACCCGCACCAGGAGCGUGAGAGCACACCCUCAGGUCCUGGUGCACAGCCCUGGAUUCACGCAGUUGGCUAAAAAUCACACUGUGCUCAAUGCCUUAAUAAAUCCCUAAGAGAAAAUCCA